AUGGACUGCAAGAUAUUGGUGUUAGGCGCAGGUGGUCUAGGAUGCGAAAUCCUGAAGAAUUUGACAAUGUUAAGCUUUGUUAAACAGGUUCAUAUUGUAGAUAUAGACACAAUCGAGCUAACCAACCUUAAUAGACAAUUUCUUUUUUGUGAUAAGGACAUAGGCAAACCGAAAGCUCAAGUGGCAGCCCAGUAUGUAAACACGCGGUUCCCUCAAUUGGAAGUUGUGGCGCACGUACAGGACCUGACCACUUUGCCCCCGAGCUUUUACAAAGACUUCCAGUUCAUAAUCUCGGGGCUGGACGCCAUUGAACCUCGUCGCUUCAUCAAUGAGACUCUCGUGAAGCUUACCUUGGAGUCCAAUUAUGAAAUUUGCAUCCCGUUCAUAGAUGGUGGAACAGAGGGGCUCAAGGGACAUGUAAAAACAAUCAUUCCAGGCAUCACUGCAUGCUGGGAGUGCUCCAUUGAUACCUUGCCCUCGCAGCAGGAUACUGUGCCAAUGUGUACAAUCGCCAACAAUCCUCGCUGCAUUGAGCAUGUUGUGGAGUAUGUCUCAACUAUACAAUACCCUGAUUUAAAUAUUGAGUCUACGGCGGAUAUGGAAUUUCUGCUGGAGAAGUGCUGCGAAAGGGCUGCCCAAUUUAGCAUCUCAACAGAAAAAUUAUCAACAAGUUUUAUCCUGGGUAUAAUAAAGAGUAUCAUACCUAGUGUAAGCACUACGAAUGCGAUGGUUGCAGCGACAUGCUGUACGCAGAUGGUUAAGAUUUAUAAUGAUUUAAUCGACCUGGAAAACGGCAAUAAUUUCACUUUGAUUAACUGCUCAGAAGGGUGUUUUAUGUACAGUUUCAAGUUCGAGCGGUUACCCGACUGUACUGUUUGUUCAAAUUCCAAUUCCAACUAG